AUAGAAAACAUUACGCGUAUACAGUAUAAAGGUAUCAUGAUUAUAAGUGUUAAAAGUAAAGGAAAUCUUUGCAAAUUUAAAGAUUAUUUAUUUGCUCAAAUGUCGUCAGAUACAAACGACGCAGCAAAAGUGGAAUGUACAGAUCAACCGGGUAAAAAUGAAGAGCUGACGGGCGUAAGGAAAUGGGUGUCAGAGAACUUACUAUUAAUUGUUACUUUGUUAGGUGUAGCCAUAGGUAUAGCCACAGGGUUUGGACUUCGUUCGUUACAGCUUUCGGAGAGUUCUAUAGUGAUGAUCUCGUAUCCAGGGGAGCUGUUCAUGCGAAUAUUGAAGUUGAUCAUUUUGCCUCUGAUCAUAUCGAGCCUUAUUGCCGGAAGCGCCAGUUUAAACGCGAGACUGAACGGGAGAAUCGCCUUAAGGACAUUGGUGUACUUUUUCCUUACAUCGGUCACUAAUGCUAUUUUAGGUGUGAUAUUAGCGACUGUAAUACACCCCGGAGAUCAAGGACUGAAAAUCUCUAUAGAAAAAGAGAUGGCCCCCAAUAAAAAGAAAGGAUUGGUUUUAGAUAGUUUACUGGAUUUGGGCAGAAACAUCGUCGCCGAUAAUAUUUUUCAAGCGACUUUUCAACAAGCGCAUACCGACUACGUGAAUGGGACUGAAAGGAGAUUUAAUAUGGAAACUGGAGAGUCUGAAGUACAUAAUGUUAUAGCUCGAGAAAUUAAAUAUAGGUUGGGAACCAACACUCUAGGAAUAGUAUUCUUCUGCCUAAUAUUCGGAACGAUCUUGGGCACUUUGGGCCAAAGAGCCAAAGUGGUGAUCGAUUUUUUCAGCGUGAUUUUCGAGGUGAUAAUGAAAAUGGUGAACGGGGUGAUCUGGCUAACCCCCGUCGGCAUCAGCAGCGUGAUAGCCGGCAAAAUUUUGUCGGUCAGCGACGUCGCCUUGGUGAUCUCGCAGCUGGGCUGGUUCAUAGCCACCGUGAUAUUCGGGGUUUUCCUCUACCAGCUCAUCAUCAUGCAGCUGAUCUAUUUUGUUUUCGUCGGCAAGAAUCCCUUCAAGUUUUACGUGGGAUUAAUCCAGGGUACUGUUACGGCAUUUGCCACAGCUUCGACCGCAGCUGCGCUUCCUGUUACGUUUACUUUAAUGGACGAAAAAGUGAAGGUCGACCAAAGGGUCACGAGAUUCGUUCUUCCGAUUGGUUGUAAUAUAAAUAUGGACGGCACAGCUCUUUUUAUAGCUGUCGCUUCGAUUUUCAUUGCUCAGAUGAACGGGGUGCAGCUGGGUAUAGGAGAACUCGUUACUGUUUGUUUCACCUCGACAGCUGCAUCAUUUUCGUCAGCUAGUGUACCUAGUGCUGCCCUAGUUUUACUAUUAAUGGUUUUAUCAGCUAUAGAUACUCCAGAUCAGGAUGUUUCACUUUUGUUUGCUGUCGAUUGGCUUGUGGAUCGCUUUCGUACUACAAACAAUAUGUUAGGAGACUGUUAUGCUGCUGCAGUGGUAGAAAAAUUGUCAAAAAAAGAACUGAUGGCCUGUGAUGCUAUACAGGAGCUUUCAACUGGUUUUGACAACCACAUCAGCAGCAACAAUUUGGAUAAAGACUUGGAACCCACAGAAAUUGUUAUACAAAGUUUCCCGAAUGGUGCUACAAAUUGAUGAUAAAAAAAAUAAUAAUCAGAGUAUAAUAAUUAUUGUUAUAUUUUUUAUUGUGAUUACACUUAGAAUUAGACAUUGUUUAGCUCAAGGCAGUAUACAUAUCUUUAAUUUUACAAAAUAAAUCAGUAUUAUCG